AGUCCCUGAGGGUUUUGAAUCAAUCCUGCACCCUGGUCUCCACUCGGCGAAGUGGAGUUAUAUAUCAAUCCGUGGUGCUCCCCCUUCCCCUCCACCGCCGGCGGAGGGAGUGAGGGAAGCGAGCGAGUUUUCCGCAUUGCCGAUACGAUCUUGUAGCUACUGCUGCACAUACGUCAAUACGCUGCAACCUGCAAUAACUACCGACUUUCGCUUCAACCUGCAACCAUGGGGUUCCUGGCGGAUAUGGACAAGGCCAUUGCGAAGACACCGGUUGGCUGGUUCUUCAGGCUCGAGGGUUCUGGCCAUGUGAGAUUGAGGUUCCGCUCUGCUCUGCUCGACCGUGGAACUGACAGCUUAUAGCACAGGGCAUGGCCGAAUACGGCGUUUUCUAUGGAGGUUCGAGCGGGCAUCACCACGUUCUUCACGAUGGCGUACGUUAUUGCUGCUAAUGCUUCCAUCCUGGCCGAGACCGGCGGGACAUGUGUGGAGGGCCAUCUCGGGGACACGGAGUAUUUCCAGACCGCCGAGUACAAGAGUUGUCAAUUCGUCGUCAAGCGGGACAUGGUGACGGCUACGGCAGCCACGGCAGCGCUGGGCUCCUUCUUCAUGGGCCUAUUCACGAAUCUCCCAAUAGCAAUAGCACCAGGGAUGGGAUUGAACGCCUACUUCGCCUACCAAGUGGUCGGUGUCAACGGUGCCGGCGCCGUUCCCUUCCGGGUAGCACUCACCGCCGUCUUCGUCGAAGGCUUCAUCUUCAUCGCGCUCUCACUCCUCGGGCUCCGGCAAUGGCUCGCCCAAGUAAUUCCGGCAUCCAUCAAGAUUGCUUGCGGCGCUGGAAUCGGGCUGUUCCUGACUCUCUGCGGCCUUGGAUAUCAAGCCGGAAUUGGUGCUGUCACAGGUGCCGUGGCUACUCCUCUCACCCUUGGAGGCUGCAAGGACGAAUACAAAGAUGAAUAUGGAAUGUGUACCAGCCACAAUAUGCAGAAUCCAACUCUCUGGAUCGGCUUCAUGUGCGGUGUCAUCUUGACCGCCUGGCUGAUGAUGUACCGCGUAAAGUCCGCCAUGAUAAUCGGCAUCCUCGUCGUUUCCAUCUUCUCGUGGCCGCGCGGUACAUCGUUCACCUAUUUCCCGUCCACGCCCGACGGGGACCAGCGCUUCGCCUACUUUAAGACCGUGGCCGCCUUCCACCCAAUCCAAAAGACGCUCAACGUACUGGAAUGGGACCUCUCGGGCGUCGGCUCCCAGUUCGGCCUGGCGAUCGUAACGCUCCUCUACGUCGACAUCCUCGACUGCACCGGAACACUGUACAGCAUGGCGCGGUUCAGCGGGGCGGUAAACCCGCAAACGGGCGACUUCGACCGCUCCACGCUCGCAUACUGCACCGAUGCCGCGACGAUCUCUAUCGGUGCGUUAUUUGGCGUUUCUCCGUCGGUGGCAUACAUCGAGUCCGGCGCCGGAAUCGCCGAGGGCGGGCGCACCGGCAUCACCUCCAUGACCACGGGCCUGUGCUUUCUGCUCUCCAUCUUUUUCGCACCGAUAUUCGCUUCAAUCCCGCCGUGGGCUACCGGAGGCGCCCUGAUCAUGGUCGGAUGCAUGAUGAUGCGCGGAACGCUGCUGAUCAAUUGGAGGUAUCCCGGUGAUGCCAUCCCAGCGUUCAUCACUAUGGCGUUCAUCCCGUUCUCGUACAGCAUCGCUUACGGGCUCAUCGCCGGCGUGAUAACCUACACGACCCUCAACGUUCUCACAUGGACCGUGAAGAUCGCCAGCAGCGGGCGAAUCGUGCCCGACGACGAGGACAGCAAGGAGUACUGGUCCUUCAAAACAGACAUGAACCAGCAGCCGCCGUGGUUCGUCCGCGCCAUCCGCGGCGAGAAACAGUUCUGGAGGUCGACGGACGACCCGGGGCUCGAGCUGCAGAGUAACGCCGAUGAGGUGCCGAAGGCGAAUUUACAGUGAUCGACCCAGAGGGCGGCGGGUUGUAUAUAGCUACAUAGGAAAGAGGAUGGAGAGAAGGAGGACGGAGGAGGGGUGACGGAAGAUGGAGGGGGAGUGCGAGCGGCGAUUUACACGCAGUUAAUGUCUUAAUAGAGAGAAGAGAAGGAAUGAAAGCGAUCUUGAAAUGAACACUGAGCACGGGAGAGUGAGACUGAGAAUGCGAGACUCGAGAGUACACACCAGCUACCCCACAUAGACUUCAGAGUAAAGAUGGAGUGGAGUGAUGUGAGCUAAC